AUGACACGACUGGUUGUUCGAAACUUCGCGGCCAGAAUCCGUGAACUGCCAUCCUCUGUCGAGGAACCGGAGCAGGACAAGAGUACUCCAUACCUCGACGUUGGAAGCCGCUGGGAGCCAUGCCAUCACUUCUACAAGGCAGGGGUUCCGUACAAGGUCUGGACUGAACAGGAUGUCUUCCGUUUCCACGGCCUGUGCAAGUAUCGUGAUUGCUUCCCUGAUCCAUACGCCUUUCAGACCUCGGAUAUCGCCAUCCUGGUGAAUGAUUUGGAGGAAGCGGCUGCAAUCUUGGAAGGGUCUGGAUACUUCCGUACGCCGAAGUCGAGUGAGGAACAGGAGAAGCUUGGUUAUUCUGAUAGCGGUCAGGGCAAUCGGGAGUCUAUCCGCUUGCUCAAUGUCAGCGCCAUGGUGCGACACCAUAGUCAGUGGGACUCCUUUGAGGAAGUCACUAAUAAGGUUCUCUAUGCCGCUGGUCUUUCGGAAAAUCCUCAUUGGGGCCCAACUCGGGUGGCCGGAAAUGGUGUUCUGUUGAUACUGGCCAGUGACUGGAAUUAUACACUCAACUCCAAGGCCGCAUCUCCUUAUUAUCAUGACCCGAUACCUGAAUUGUCGGGCUACUUUGACUCUCACGUCAGUAUGUGGAUGGAUACGCCGAUUUCACCUCCGGUCAACUCGAUUCGUUCCCCGUCCGAUACUGCGAGACUACGCCACUAUGCUAGCGUCUUGAAGAAGCUAAUCUGUGAGGCUGACGUUACAUGGACUGUCAGAUUUGAGCAAGAUAUCAAGAGCCAGAAUCGUCAGGCAUUGUUCGAUCUCCUUGAGAUGUGCUACCGAUGCAUGAUGAAGAAAGGAGUCUGCAUGUUCACCCGUCUGACGACCGAUAUCGAUUUCCAAAAGUACAGCAAAGACGUCCGUGACCAGAUCAAGGCCAGUGUCCACGAUCCUGUCCUUAUGGCCGAAUUCAACCGGUGCCGGAUGAAGGGUGUGAUCACCAUGCCUCUUCCUAGGGGUCACGCCAGCACUUACGACGAAAAGCAAUGCAAGAAGGAUUUGCCAGGAUUGUCAUGGCUGGUUCGAGUGCCCCGGGGAGAUGGAUGGUUUUUGCUGUCCCUGAAUGUGGCUCGAAUUAUGGAAAAUAAGAGACGGGAUAAGCAGCUGAAGCUCGAAGAGCUUAAUCACUUAUCAUUGAGGCAGCGGCAGCCAAAGAGAACUGAGGACGAGAUUAAGACUUUGGAGUAUUACCUCCAAGAUAUUCUGGCUGAUACCGACAAUUGGGCUUUCCAGAAUCAGGAGUUUUGA